CAACCCUUUCCGAGAUAUGAGAUCGGGCCAUUUUCCUGUCGGUCCUUUUCCCUAUUAAACCAGGAAAUCAGGAAAUUUUUGGGAUUAAAAAAAAGAAAGAAAGCGAUAAACCCACACUUGGAGAGGUCGCGAAGAGGAGAGCGUUUUGCGCCUUUCUGCUGGCGGAUCAGUUGAAAUUUCCGGUGCAUGCACAGUAUUUCUCUUCCCGUGCGUGUGUGUGUGUGUGUGUUUACAAGUGUUUGAAAGAGUGCCAGAAACGAGGGAAGAAGGAGGAUAAAGCAAGGAAGGAGGGAUGGUAGACAAUUCCGGCAGCAGCAAGGCGCAAAUGCCCAGCAUGUCUCAGGAACCUGGUGUGGGGAGUGCAUUUCCUCAGGGCAGCUCCACAGGGGGGAUGAAGCUGGAGGCUGUGAUGGAACAGCUCCAGCGGCAGCAGCAGGCCCGCUUAGAGAUGGAGCGCAAAGAGAGGAGGCUGCGAGAGGCCCACAUCAUGUAUGCCCAGCAGGUUGCUGCCCAGCAGGCCAUCCUGGCAGCUGCCCGGGCCUCAGGGGCUGGCUUCAUGGGCAAGGGCCUGGCUGGAGGGGUCCCAGGUGGGGGGGUGCCUCCCCGAGUGUCCAACCAGAGCAGCGUGGACUCGGAGAGAGAGGAUGAGGAGGACAGAGGCCGAGAUUCUGGGGAGGAUGACGAUGAUGAGGAGAUGAUGGAGGGAGACGAGUGCAGCGAUGAGGAGGGAAGCGCCAGCGGUCUGGAGUUCCUUCGCAAGCAGACCCUGGCUCUGCAGCAGAGUGCCUCUCACCUCCCGGGGCGCCCAUUCAGCGGCUACGCUGUGUCAGCCCCCCAGCGGACGGCUUCGCCUCCUGUCAGGGUGAAGCAGGAACCUGACGAGGGCCUAUCUCCUGCGGGGCCCCACUCUGCUACCUCCCCCAAUGGACAGGCUGACUGGAGCUUCGACGAUCACUUCAAACAGAAUGGGACUGCAGGCUGGGCGGACGAGGCUGACAGUGGCAGAGGCAGAGGAGAAGCCUCCAGAGACUUUGCUAAGCUGUAUGAGCUGGACAAUGACCCCAACAGGAAGGAGUUUCUGGAUGACCUUUUCACCUUCAUGCAGAAAAGAGGAACCCCAGUCAAUCGCAUCCCCAUCAUGGCCAAGCAGGUUCUGGAUCUGUACAUGCUCUACAAGCUGGUGACAGAGAAGGGAGGCCUGGUGGAGGUCAUCAACAAGAAGAUCUGGAGAGAAAUCACCAAGGGACUCAACUUGCCCACCUCCAUCACCAGUGCUGCUUUCACCCUGCGCACACAGUACAUGAAGUACCUGUAUCCAUACGAGUGCGAGAGGAAAGGCCUGAGCUCCCCGGGUGAGCUUCAGGCAGCCAUCGACAGUAACCGGCGCGAGGGUCGUCGUCCGAGCUACAGCAGCAGUCUCUUCCGCUUCUCCCCCUCCCCCAGCACAGCUCCGCACAUCCUCUCGCCUCCCAAGAUGCACCUGUCGGCUCUGGGGGCCGGGACCUCGGGGGCCCUCAAUGGCCUGCAGGCCUCGCCAGGACCCUCCCUUAAGAAAGGCACUCCUCCAGAUGACCUGACCCCCUCUAUCUUGGCGGCAAGGCCCUCCAUGGCGUUAGCUCUGGGUCAGCAGCAGGUUGCUGGCCUUGCAAGAGCCGCCACUCUGGAGCAGCUGAGGGAAAAGCUGGAGACCGGUGGAGGCGAGGGACCAGAGAGGAAGAUGGCCCGCCUGGCAGAAGAGCAACAGCGCCUGAUGCAGCAGGCUUUCCAGCACAACCUGCUGGCCAUGGCUUCCCAAGUGCCCAUGAACCUGCGUCUGGGGGCCCCCUCCAUCCCCACCAGAGAUGAGAAGCCGCAGGACAUGUCUCUGAGCAUCUCGACCAAUGGAAAUGCCAGCAUCACCGUAUCAGUGGAGGUCAACGGCACAAUCUACUCAGGAACUCUGUUUGCCCAGAAGUCCGGAGGAGCCCCAGGGCCCGCUGUGUCAGCUGCUGCUGCCUCAGCGUCCCCUGCUGGGACCAGCACCAGCUUCAGCUUCUCUGUACCCCCGGCCCAGCCCGUAAGCCCCACCUCCUCUUCCUCCUCCAAGGGGUCCGGCUCGGCCGAGCCAGCCACCAGUGGGUCACCCUAACUCAGGCUGCCCCCCGUACCUGUUCCCCAGGCCUCUCCUCCACCUGGAGGCCCAGCAUGAAUAUACAGUACAAUGAGAAACGAAUAAGAAUAACAAACUGUUGCACAACAAAUACCUCAUCGACCCUGUCAACCCCUUGGCUGUCCAAUCAUGAACACAGAGCCCGAGAAUAUUCUAUGGCAACGUGUGCCCACACGCACAUCUAUGCAUUUUAAUCAAGACAUGAAUACAUACACAUGCCAUUCUACAAACGCACACACACACACAUACACGUGCACAUACACACACAAAUGACACAUUAAUCCUAACAAACAUGCUAAACACAAUCAGCUCAGCCAAAACCCACUGACAGGUGUAGUCACAAAUGAACUUGAAAAGUUUUAUUUUAGGACAUUUUGUUUGUUGCCAUUUUGUUGUCUCUUUGAUUUUGUG